AUGGGUAACACCAAUUCAGCGAUCAAGGGCUUAGUAUCGGACUUUGCAGGCACGUCCGACACCUGUGAGGUAGUUGCAGACGUCUCUCGUACCUGGGCGUCAUCAUAUUUACUACCAGAAGAAGAAAUCUUGUUCGCGCUACAAUCAAUUCGUCACGAAUUUUCCUUUACCGGCCGCGCUCUCAUUAAAUUAAGUGCAAAAACGUCCACCACGACACGUAAACGAGUAGAAAGAUUGGAGUAUAAAAAGUACCAAGUAAAACACGUUAUGUUCGAGUCCACGGGCGUCGUGGAUCGUGACUGUAAGCUCCAAUUUCAGAUUGGAGAUGAAGAGUUCACGCUCAAAGUCCUUAAUGGCAAAGAAGAAAAAGUCAUGAGAUUCUAUAAAGCCCUAAUACUAUUAGGACAACAACAAGAAGAAAAGGAACAAGAGUGGGAACUAGUUAAACAGGCUCUAGCGACGGCUAAAGAUACCGUACGUCUUUUAAAUGCCGGCAGCCACAGUCUGAACCAACAAUCAGAUGAGACGUUGAAAUGGAUAAAGAUUCAGUACGAGUUCACUCAUCCACACUGCUACAAGGCACUUAUUAAGCGUGCUCUUGCAGCGCGUAGAAAGCCAAAGAAGGCAGGUCCCCUGCUUCCGUGGAAAUGGUAG